AUGGCUGAAGGAGUGAACAGGACAUUGCCUGUGUACAAAGUUGCCUUGAGCGGGAGAAGUGAUGUCGGUAAAACCUCUAUUUUUCGUCGAAUUCGGGGCGAUGGCUUUCUUGACGAUACUACGAAGUUCCGACAUCUACCUGACGACACGAUCAAAGUUAGGGUUCGAGACAAAACCGUCAAGGUAAGAAAGUGGAGAAAAAUACUGCAUAACUCAUCACUACGUCAGAAAAAUUCAUUAUGAUUGAUUUAAAACAACUACAGUGUUAUGAUAUUUGAAACAUUAUAUCAAUUAGUUCGAGAUAAUAGUAUAAUACUUAAUAAGUUAUAAGCUUACAAAUAGUCUGCAAAUAUUGAAACGACCUUUAGCUCACGUCUUUUAGUGCGGACUGUACUGCAAUGUUUGAUGUUUUAUGCCAAGCCUCGAACAGGAAAAGGAUUUGUACGAAAAAACUGGAUUACAAGGGGGUAUGGUUUCGGCCCAAAAUUGGGGGGGGAGGUGACCCCAGGGAGCCCCCGUCAUUCGCAUAAGAACGUUUACAAAUCCCCCCUACCCAAAACCAAGAUUUUUUAACAAAAAGCUACUAAUGCCCUUCCCCUGGGGGCAAAGAAGUGUGCUCUGCCAAGUCAAAAGGUGCAAUAUUUCAAAAGAGUUCUACAGAAGGAAUCGUAGUUUUCUUCCAAAAAAUAUUGUCGCUAUGUAAACGAAGGAGCUAAUAAUCUAAAUAGGCAUAAUUUUAAGUGAAAUAUUGAGAAAGGAAUGAUGUUAACCGCUUCUAGAGGGUUUUCUGCAAAGGUUUUCUAACAAAUUCCCCACCGCCGGAACCAUUAAGAUGACACAUACCUGACAAAUGCCUGGCAGGGGGAUGGGCAUGCUUGGAAUUGACUGAGCCAUAAUUCUUUCCACAUUCAGCAUGUACAUCUUUUUCAUGGGUCAUUGCUCCUAUAUUCACUGUUUUGUUGGAGCAUUUGAGAGCCUUUGGAAUUAGCCCAGUAGGCUUUCUGGAAUGAAUGAUUUCAAUAAAUGGUUUGAUGAAUAGAACAAUUUUUGAAUAGUCAUUUGUCGGAUUUGACGCCUUUUAAAGCACUAGUCGGGGGGAAGGGGAGCUUGAAUUGGGUGGUUUUGGAAUUGACUGGGACAUAAUUGACCAUAUGUAAGGUAAAAUUAGUUUACAGUAAUAAGAGCCUGUUGCUUUUGAGUAGGAGCUAACUCUUUGGUACUCUUUUGAUUGUGAGAUGAGGUCUGUGAGUCAGGUAAAAACCUUGCACCCCUGCACCCUUAAAGCCCAUGCAGAGAGUGCAAGGCAAUAGUGGGUCCCAGUCCUAGUUUCAUUGUUUUAAAGAGGACAUUGUUUUCUAUAAAAUCGUUAUACCAUUGCCCUAGGGCAGGGAUUUGCAUUGUUAUUGGUUGUUUCAAUGCAAAGUUGUUCCGCUACGUGUCAUUUUGCUCCAUAAUGAAUUCAAUUCACUGCAAAGUUGCUUUGCUGCAAUUCCUCCUCAAUAAUGUGAAAUGACAGGUUUUAAAAUUCAAACUAGCGACAUGUUUACGUGCAUGUACAUACCUCCCCUAGCUAAGAGGGCCCCAUUACUGUCAAGCCAGGUCAAGUGUACCCCCAAGAUUUCAUUAAUGAAUUAUUCAAAAAUUGAAUCUGUUAGUCAGUGGUUGUAGAUUUCAGCUUCAUCUCUGCAUUCCCAGUGCAGGUGUAAUGAGCAGUGAAUUCAUAAGCGAGAUAGUUGUGAAAUUUUUGUUGUCUUGAAUUUGAUGUAAAUGUCUUCAAAGCAAUAGACCUUUUCACUGAUACAGCAGCCAUAUUGAAUUAAUUUGAUUUAAGGAGUAUUAUAGGAUGCCCAGGGGGCAUGAACACAUUUUGUUUGUAUUUUCAAGCGCUUUUCAGGACAUUAUUUUUUUCUUGAAGUUUUCUUAGAAUAAGAUCGUAAUGGGAAAAAAGAUCCUUGUGCCUUGUUUGGAUGUAAUAACGAUCGCCUUUUUCCCGAGAAAUAUACUGUGAAAGACCAUCUUUCUAAUACUAAACUAGAAAAAGGCAAUCAUUAUUACAUCCAAACACGGCACAAGGAUCUUUUUUCCCAUUACAAUCUUCUUCUAAGAAAACUUUAACAAAAAAUGUUCCGAAAAGCCCUCGAAAAUACAAAGGAAAUGUGCUCAUGCCCCGUGGGCAUCCUAUAAUACUCCUUAAAUCGAAUUAAUUCAAUAUGGCCGCCAUAUCGGUAAAAAGAUGUGUUAUUUUAUCCAUUCAAGGAUUCAUCAAUCUGACUGAACACAGAGAAGUUAUUCUAAAAAAGUCACUGCUCAUCACAAAUGCGGGAAUGCAGAUUUGAAUCUGACACUGGUUGCAGCAAUGACUAAUGGAUUCAAAUUUCAAAUGAUCUUUUCAUUGAUAUAAUUUAGGGGGUUAUGCUUGACCUGACUUGAUUGUAAUUAAGGUGAAUUGUAUGAUAUGAUUGUGUGAAAUUUUCUUUGUCUAGAUACUUUUUGUUGACACAGCUGGGAUGGAAAGAUAUGGGCGUUUGACUCGCCAACACUACCAUGGAAGCCACGUUGUCCUCUUGGUUUAUGACUGUGAUGACAGUGACUCACUUAAGGAGCUGAAGGAAUUCUACAAAGACGCAAGAGAUAAUACGAAUGGAGCUGCCAUGGUGUUGGUUCGAAAUAAAAUAGACAAAGAUUUUCAGAGUGUGGACAUCGCAGAAACUACGAACUUGAUAUGCAACCAUCAUACAAAAGAUAUUUGCAAGUUUAAGUUCAAAGCAGAAACAUCGGCAAAGUACAACACUGGCAUUGAGAAACUCGUGAAUGACAUAGCUGAAUACUUGAUUAAAAACGUUGAACCCAGCAAUAACAGAAAUGUUUUCCAAGAAAGGUUAAGACUGGAGGAGCCGAGACAACAGACCCCUCCUACUGAGACAAGUUCAAGUGGCUGCCCUUGUUAG